UCGUGUAGUAAAAGCAAAGCCAGAGGGCACGCGCUCCCUUGGGUUAUCAACCGUGAACAAGAAAUCCUUGGAAUCCAUUUUUCUAUAAUUUCAUCUCGGACCCUCGGGUUUCGAAUAUUUCAAGAUGAGGAAAAGCGUAAUUUUGAUCCUUCUAAUGUUGAUCGCAAUUUGUGCCGCUAAAUUGUCCAAGAGCAACAAACACAAGGACGAGAAAAGCAAAACAACUAAGGUAAUCGACACUAAAAAACACAAGGACGAACUGAAAAAACACAAGGCUAAGAACGAGCAAAAAGACAGCAGCAAGAAACAUCUAAAGGAUGCCAAGAAAAAACAAGACUUGAAGAAAAAAGAUAAAAAACCAAAGAUUUCGGAGGAUAAGGCCACUAAUAAGACAGCAACUAACAAGACGGAAACUGUAGAAAAGAAAGAAAACAGCACCAAAGCAAUCCUCUCGCAAAACCCACCUGCCGAUUGCCAGAACAUCAUAGACGAUUAUUCCAAAGGAAAACUUCUAAUGUACGAGUACAAAAUCCAGAUCAACCGCUGUAUGAAAAAAGCUAAGGGUGAUGCAGACGGCACAGCUGACGCUGACACAAAAUCAGCGCUGUUGCGCCCGGACAGUGAACCGACAGAAGACACAGACCAAGCUGUCAAUGUUAGACCUUACAGCACCGAGGAACAAAAACAGGACUUUGACCAAGACUUUGACACAGGUCAUAGCGAUUUUAGCGCGCAUGAUAACGAUAACGACGAUGAUUACAAAGAUGAUGAUGAUAGUAGUGACGAUUACGACGAACCGGAAGAAAAUGCAGCUAAAAAGAUGCAAGUCCCUGCAGCUGCUCGUUACCAAGCUCCUGUGCUGCCAGCACAGAACUACAAUAUGCCAGCCCAACAGCCAGAAAUUCCGGGGCAACAAGCCGCCUUUUACUACCCCAAUACGGCUCAGACCCCAUAUAACGGAGCACCGGUUCAGAACCCUGUCCUCGACCAGACUCAAGCAGCUUUCGCUCCAAAUCCUAUGAACCAGUACCCAGCCAAUCCUGCUCCUUUCCAGGCAGGAGAUCCAAAUAUGGGCAUGAAUGCUGUGGCUAAAAACACCAUACCAGACAACACACAGACACAGCAGCCCCCAGCAUCUCAAGCAAAUGCUGUGUUCGAUCAAUGGCGGGCCAGCAGUUUUGGUGCAGCAGCUGCAACCAAGGACGAAAUUCCUAGUGCACCGGUGGCUCCCAGCAAUGACCAAUUCGCCGAGUUUAUGAAGCUGCAAGCUUCCACUGGCAACGCAGCAGAGGCAUCACCUGUAAGCCAACAAGCGGCUAUGCCAGCGGCCAUGCAACAAAGAAGUGACGUUCCACAGCAGCCAAGCUUGUUUCCCGCGCAGCCGCAGUUGCCCAACACUGUCCCUAGCCCAAGCCAAGCCUUUUACAUGCAACCCGAAGAGCGUGGUGAUUUCCCUGAAAACCCAUGAAAGAAAAAUUAAACAGUUUUGAUAUGAUUACUUGUAAGGGUAAUAGCAUAAUGUAACUCACUAUGUGGAGCUCAGAAGGGCGAAAACCGUUCCUCAUUUGGAGAGAAUUGAGCACAAAUUCAUGAAAGGAGGUUCACUUAAGAUGAGGCUAUUUUCAUGCAGUGACCCACCUGGAACCUUUAACCUCUUGCUCAUGAUAUCAAGCAAAUGUUAGUGAGCAGAAUGAGGCGGAUAACAACAACGAAAUAAAGGUCUCCUCUUUUUAACA